AUACGGCAGCCAAUGAAAAGAGGCGCUGAAGAAGCUAGCUAGAGUUUGAAUCUCGAGGCUGAGUUGAAUAACCGGGUGGCGGACAAUCGAGUGAAGAGUCCCUGAAACUUUCUGGGCCUGAGAGAAAUAUUCAACCAUUCACAUAAGCAGAGGAAUCAAGAUCAUCAACAAUGUCUGUCACUGAGGAAGACCUGUGUCAUCACAUGAAAGUAGUUGUCCGUGUGCGUCCUGAGAACACGAAAGAAAAGGCCUCUGGACUUCAUAAAGUAGUCCAUGUUGUGGAUAAGCAUAUUCUUGUUUUUGAUCCCAAGCAAGAAGAAAUCAGCUUUUUCCAUGGAAAGAAAACUAUGAAUCGAGACAUUACAAAGAGGCAAAAUAAGGAUCUUAAGUUUGUAUUUGAUGCUGUUUUUGAUGAAAAUUCAACUCAAUUGGAAGUUUUUGAACACACUACUAAGCCAAUUCUUCGUAGUUUUUUGAAUGGAUAUAAUUGCACAGUACUUGCAUAUGGUGCCACGGGAGCUGGAAAGACCCACACAAUGCUAGGAUCAGCUGCUGAACCUGGAGUGAUGUAUCUAACAAUGCUGGACCUUUACAAAUCCAUGGAUGAGAUUAAAGAAGAAAAAGUAUGUAGUACUGCAGUUUCUUAUCUGGAGGUAUAUAAUGAACAGAUUCGUGACCUCUUAGUAAAUUCAGGGCCACUUGCUGUCCGGGAAGAUGCCCAAAAAGGGGUGGUCGUUCAGGGAUUGACUUUACAUCAGCCCAAAUCCUCAGAGGAAAUUUUGCAGUUAUUGGAUAGUGGUAACAGAAACAGGACACAACAUCCCACUGAUACGAAUGCUACGUCUUCUCGUUCUCAUGCUGUUUUCCAGAUUUAUUUGAGACAACAAGAUAAAACAGCAAGUAUCAAUCAAAAUGUCCGAAUUGCCAAGAUGUCACUCAUUGACCUGGCAGGGUCUGAAAGAGCCAGUGCUACCAGCGCUAAAGGGACCCGGUUUAUAGAAGGCACAAAUAUCAAUCGAUCACUUUUAGCUCUUGGGAAUGUUAUCAAUGCCUUAGCAGAUACAAAGAAAAAGAAUCAGCAUAUUCCUUACAGAAAUAGUAAGCUCACUCGCUUGUUAAAGGAUUCUCUCGGAGGAAACUGUCAAACUAUAAUGAUUGCUGCUGUUAGUCCUUCCUCUGUGUUCUACGAUGACACAUAUAACACUCUUAAGUAUGCUAACCGCGCAAAGGACAUUAAGUCUUCUUUGAAGAGCAAUGUUCUUAACCUCGACAAUCAUAUAACUCAGUAUGUAAAAAUCUGUAACGAGCAGAAGAAAGAGAUUUUAAUGUUAAAAGAAAAACUAAAGGCCUAUGAAGAACAGAAAGCCUUUACUGAUGAAAGUAGCAAAUUAAUGAUUUCAAACCCUCAGAAAAAAGAAAUUGAAAGAUUUCAAGAAAUUCUAAACUGCUUGUUCCAGAAUCGAGAAGAAAUCCGGCAAGAAUAUCUAAAGUUAGAAAUGUUGCUUAAAGAAAAUGAACUUAAAUCAUUCUAUCAACAACAGUGCCAUAAACAAAUAGAAAUGAUGUGUUCUGAAGACAAAGUAGAAAAGGCCACUUGCAGAAGAGAUCACAGACUUGCAAUGUUGAAAACUCGCCGUUGCUAUCUAGAGAAGAAAAGGGAGGAAGAAUUGAAGCAAUUUGAUGAGAAUACUAAUUGGCUCCAUCGUGUCAAAACUGAAAUGGGACUCUUAGGUCAAAAUGGUCGUAUUCCAAAGGAGCUCAGUACAGAACUUCAUUGCCACCAUCUUCACCUCCAGAACAAAGAUUUGAAAGCACAAAUUAAACAUAUGAUGGAUCUAGCUUCUCUUCAAGAACAGCAACACAGGCAGACAGAAGCAGUAUUGAAUGCAUUACUUCCGGCCCUAAGAAAGCAGUACUGUGCUUUAAAAGAAUCUGGCCUGUUAAAUGCUACUUUUGAGUCUGACAUCAAAGAAAUUGAACAUUUGGUCGAGAGGAAGAAAGUGGUGGUUUGGGCUGAUCAAACUAGUGAACCUGCAAAGCAAAAUAAUCUGCCAGAAGUUUCUGUUCUUAUGACCUUUCCACAACUUGGACCAGUUCAUUCUUCUCCUUGUUGCAUAUCUCCAGGUGAAUCUAAUCUGCUUAAAAUUCCUUCACAAAAAAGAACCCGAAGAAAAUUAAUGCCUUCUCCCUUGAACAUAAAACAUACCCAAACGUCUGUAGAGUCUGAAAAUACGCAGCUUAAUGAUUCCCUCAGCAAAGAGCUUCAGCCCAUUGUGUAUACUCCAGAAAACUGUAGAAAAACUUCUCAAAAUCCAUCUACAGGGACCUUAUUAAAACCAUCACAUACUACCAGUUUUCAGACCAUCAGCUCAAAUAUAAACAGUGAUAAUUCUUUGAAAAUGUUGUGUGAGGUAGAUAUCCCUCUCAGCAUGAGAAAAGAACAUGGACAGGAAGAUUUAAAGUCUACAUUUCUUAUAUGUGAAGAUACCAGGAGCUUGGAAAGUGAACUACCUGAACAAGAAUCCCUACCAAACAAUAACAUUUUACAAAGGCUUGCCCCUUCUUCAAUCUCAACUAAACAUCCUCUGCCUAUACCAAGCAUAGUACCGUCCUACAUGGCAAUGACAGCCGCUGCCAAAAGGAAACGGAAACUAAUAAGCUCUGCAUCAAAUGCUUCAUUAACUGCUGAGUUAAACUCUGGAUCUGCCAAGCGUAUUCAUCAAGAUAAUUCAAGUGAUAAGCACUUACAAGAAAACGGACCAACUAUGGACUAUAAAAGAAACAUCCAUAAAAUAAAGCCGAGCAUGGCUAGAAAGUUUGGAAGAAGUAUUUCAAAAGGAAACCUAAGAUAAGCCUCUUCGAAAUCAAGGGGAAAAAAAUCAAGGAGUCUGCUUUUAAAAGAGCUUUUUCCCAGGACCCUUUCAGGAACUUGUUUAAAGUCUUUGAAAGAAGACCAUCUUAAAAACUAGGUGUACCCAAUACCUUCAGCAAGCAGAAAAUGAAAUUCCUUUUGUUUUGUGUUUUUGUAUUCUAAGCAAAUAUAAAAUUUCAAGA